ACAAUCUCCAAUUGACUCUUUGGGCAUUAUAGCCGAGAGCCGAGAUCCAGCGACAGCGACGACAAGUUUUCCGCGCACACGGAAAGUCAGCAAGUUAAUACCGAUAUCGAUAUCGAAUAAAUAUAUGUACAAAUCUGACUUAUCGGUUUUAGCCAAUUUCUCCCUGUGAAUAAGUGCGUGUGUGUCGAUCGUAGCGAAAAACCAAAAAAAUUAUACACCAAACAAACAGCAAAAAGUCGCGCUUAAACUUUUUCGAAAUUAAAUAAAACACACACACGAAUUUCAGCCACGAAGAGGAAGAGAAGGCUAAGAAAGCGAAAAAACCUCGUGUGUGUGAGUGAGUAUCUGUGCCUGUGUGUGAGUGGCUCUCGGAGAGCGUGUGCUUUGCGUGAUCGUGUGUAUGUGUGUGUGCGAGCUGGAAUGAGACGCCAUCAAAGCUGAGCAGCGAAUAAUAAAAUGCAAAAUAAAAAUAGUGAUUAAUAACAGCAGCCAGAACCAGCAGCAACAACAAAUGGCAGUGCGGAAAAGCGCGUGAAAAAAUAGUGAAAAUACUCAAAGAGAUAAAAACAAAGUACAAGCGUGGCUCGAAAACGCAAAUGCCAGACGAAACGCCCCCGAAACGACCCGCCCUCUGUCCCCCAACUUUGCGCCUCUCAGUGUUCAGCAGCAACAGCAACAUUAGCAACUAUAACAAAAUCAACAUCAGCCUGAACAGCAGCGAAAUGAUCAGCAGCCAGAGCAAUAUGUUUAGGCCAAUGCCUGACAAAUGUUAGGCCAAAAUGCACAAUCCGCCAGCAACAAAGACAGCAGCAACAAAAACAAUCGAACGGAACAAAAACAACAACAACAGCUCCACAUACCACAAAGAGUGGCACAUUAGAAGCGGCCGAAAGCAGCCAGCCAAGAGCAUUGUGUAAGCCAAAGGCCCAGAGAGCCAGGCCAAAAGCCCCCAGACGCAAAGAGUGGCGAAAGGUGGUGCACCCACCAGCAAAACAGCACAACAGCAAAACAGCACAACAGCAAAACAGCAACACAAGCAGCAACAACAACAACAACAACAGCAGCAGCAGCAGCAGGCAGCCAGCAACAAUUCAGUUCCAGCUCCAGACUCCCAGGUUACAGACUCCCCAGAGUCAAGAUCCAGCUCCAGUUCCAGCGAUUCACCAUUGCAGCGUGCUCGAGUGCCAUAGAUCCUCACCAAGUGCCAAAAUCCGCAUCCUGAUCCCGAGAGCUCAAGGCACCCGCCGAUCGCCACCGAAAAGGACAGCGGCCCGAAAACUGAGCUGAGAACGAAUCGAGGAAGUUCCUUAGUGCCAUAGAAUGCAGUAAUUGAAGCAACGACAAAACCAACAACACCAACAACAACAUUAAAACCAACACCAACGAAACCGAAACUACGGCGGAGAACGAAGAACGAAGAACGGAGAACAAAGAAGAAAGAACAAAGAAGAAAGAACGAGCUGCCGGAACUCGAAGAGAAGAGAAUUAGAACCACCACCACCAAGUGCCUUCCAUCAAUCCGUUGAUGAUACGUGAUAUUUAUUAUGUUUAUACUUGCCAGCAGUGAUAGCCAACUCUCGAGGGGAUCGCGGCACCGAUGAUCAGACCACGACGACCAGGUCCUAGUGCAAUCCGGAAUCCAGUUCAAAUUAGUUCAGUAAGCGGAAGCCACAGCGUAUAAUGUCCACAUCCACCGCCACGACGAGCGUGAUCACGUCCAACGAGCUCUCGCUGUCCGGCCACGCCCACGGCCACGGUCACACCCACGCCCACCAGCUCCACGCCCACCAGCACGCCCACAGUCGCCUCGGCGGAGUAGGAGUCGGAGUGGGGAUCCUAAGUGACGCCUCCCUCUCACCCAUUCAGCAGGGAAGCGGCGGCGGCGGAGGAGGAGGAGGAGCAGGGGGAAACGGAAACGGAGGAGGCAACAACAACACCUCGCCACUGGCGCCCAACGGAGUGCCCCUCCUGACCACCAUGCACCGCUCGCCGGACUCACCGCAGCCGGAGCUGGCCACCAUGACGAACGUGAACGUGCUGGACCUGCACACGGACAACUCCAAGCUGUACGACAAGGAGGCGGUGUUCAUCUACGAGACGCCCAAGGUGGUGAUGCCACCGGACGGGGGCAGCAACUCGGACGAAGGCCAUGCCAUCGAUGCGCGGAUCGCGGCCCAAAUGGGCAACCAAGCGGGCCAACAGCAGCAGCAGCAGCAGCAGCAGACGGAGCACCAGCCGCUGGCGAAGAUCGAGUUCGACGAGAACCAGAUCAUCCGGGUGGUGGGCCCCAAUGGGGAGCAGCAGCAAAUCAUCUCGCGGGAGAUCAUCAACGGGGAGCACCACAUCCUCUCGAGGAACGAGGCCGGCGAGCACAUCCUCACGCGGAUCGUCAGCGAUCCCUCCAAGCUGAUGCCCAACGACAAUGCGGUGGCCACGGCCAUGUACAACCAGGCCCAGAAGAUGAACAACGACCACGGGCAGGCCGUCUACCAGACCUCCCCCCUCCCCCUGGACGCCUCCGUGCUGCACUACAGCGGCGCCAACGACGGGAACGUGAUCAAGACGGAGGCGGACAUCUACGAGGACCACAAGAAGCACGCCGCUGCCGCAGCAGCAGCCGCCGCGGGCGGUGGCUCCAUCAUCUACACCACCUCCGAUCCGAACGGCGUGAACGUGAACGUCAAGCAGCUGCCCCACCUGACGGUGCCCCAGAAGCUGGAUCCGGAUCUCUACCAGGCGGACAAGCACAUCGACCUGAUCUACAACGACGGCAGCAAGACGGUCAUCUACUCCACCACCGACCAGAAGGGCCUCGAGAUCUACUCCGGCAGCGACAUCGGCAGCCUCGUCUCCGACGGCCAAGUGGUCGUCCAGGCGGGACUCCCCUAUGCCACCACCACCGGCGCCGGCGGACAGCCCGUCUACAUCGUGGCCGACGGAGCCCUGCCAGCGGGAGUCGAGGAGCAUCUGCAGAGCAGUGGAAAGCUCAAUGGCCAGACCACACCUAUCGACGUCUCCGGCCUAUCGCAAAAUGAGAUUCAAGGCUUUCUGCUCGGAUCACACCCCUCGUCGUCGGCGACGGUCAGCACAACCGGCGUUGUCUCCACGACAACGAUCUCGCAUCACCAGCAGCAGCAACAGCAGCAGCAGCAACAGCAGCAGCAGCAGCAACACCAGCAGCAACAUCCCGGCGAUAUCGUUAGUGCCGCUGGCGUGGGGAGCGCGGGAUCGAUUGUCUCCUCGGCGGUGCAACAACAGCAGCAGCAGCAGCAGCAGCUAAUUAGCAUCAAACGAGAGCCCGAAGACCUGCGCAAGGAUCCCAAGAAUGGCAACAUCGCCGGUGCAACAACGGCCAACGGACCGGGCUCGGUCAUAACGCAGAAGGCAAGUGAAGCUGAAAGGCCCAGCAGCCGCACUCAAUCGGAGCCAGAAUCUGGAUCAGGAUCACCACUGCGAUCGGGAUCAGGAUCGGAGGAAGAGGAAGAGGUAUCAGAACCAGAGAGAGGAUUAGGAUCGCCCAGACUCGAGAUGUAUGCAACCACGGGCGGCACACAGAUCUAUCUACAGACCUCACAUCCCAGCACGGCGAGCGGAGCGGGCGGCGGUGCGGGUCCCGCCGGAGCCGCCGGAGGCGGGGGCGUGGCCAUGCAGGCGCAGAGCCCCAGUCCGGGUCCCUAUAUCUCGGCCAACGACUAUGGGAUGUACACGGCCAGCCGCCUGCCCCCCGGCCCCCCGCCCACCAGCACCACCACCUUCAUCGCGGAGCCCUCCUACUACCGCGAGUACUUUGCGCCGGACGGCCAAGGUGGCUACGUCCCGGCCAGCACCGCUCGAUCUUUAUAUGGCGAUGUGGACGUGUCCGUGUCGCAGCCCGGCGGAGUGGUCACCUACGAGGGCCGCUUCGCCGGCAGCGUUCCCCCGCCCGCCACCACCACCGUGCUGACCAGCGUGCACCACCACCAGCAACAGCAGCAGCAACAGCAGCAGCAACAUCACCAGCAGCAGCAGCAACAGCACCACUCGCAGGACGGGAAGAGCAACGGAGGCGCCACGCCCCUCUACGCCAAGGCCAUCACAGCGGCGGGUCUUACGGUGGAUCUGCCCAGUCCGGACUCGGGCAUCGGAACAGAUGCCAUCACGCCGCGGGAUCAGAACAAUAUACAACAGUCCUUCGACUACACGGAGUUGUGUCAGCCGGGCACGCUGAUCGAUGCCAAUGGCACCAUUCCGGUGAGUGUGAACAGCAUCCAGCAGCGGACAGUGGUUCAUGGCAGCCAGAACAGUCCAACCACCUCGCUGGUGGACACGAGCACCAACGGAUCCACGCGAUCGCGGCCCUGGCACGACUUUGGUCGCCAGAACGAUGCCGACAAAAUCCAAAUACCAAAAAUCUUCACAAACGUGGGCUUCCGCUAUCACCUGGAGAGCCCCAUUAGCUCGUCGCAGAGGCGGGAGGACGACCGCAUCACCUACAUCAACAAGGGUCAGUUCUACGGAAUCACGCUGGAGUACGUGCACGAUGCGGAAAAGCCCAUCAAGAACACCACCGUCAAGAGUGUGAUCAUGCUAAUGUUCCGCGAGGAGAAGAGUCCCGAAGACGAGAUCAAGGCCUGGCAAUUCUGGCACAGUCGUCAGCAUUCCGUGAAGCAGAGGAUCUUGGACGCAGAUACAAAGAACUCGGUUGGCCUCGUUGGCUGCAUCGAGGAAGUGUCGCACAAUGCCAUCGCCGUCUACUGGAAUCCGCUGGAGAGCUCCGCCAAGAUCAACAUUGCGGUUCAGUGUUUGAGCACGGAUUUCAGCAGUCAAAAGGGAGUCAAGGGCCUGCCGCUGCACGUACAAAUCGACACAUUCGAGGACCCCAGAGAUGCGGCGGUCUUCCACCGCGGCUACUGUCAGAUAAAGGUCUUCUGCGAUAAGGGAGCGGAGCGAAAGACGCGCGACGAGGAGCGGCGGGCAGCCAAGCGAAAGAUGACCGCCACGGGCAGAAAGAAGCUGGACGAGCUGUACCAUCCGGUGACGGAUCGGUCCGAGUUCUACGGCAUGCAGGACUUCGCCAAGCCGCCGGUGCUGUUCUCGCCCGCCGAGGACAUGGAGAAGAGCUUCUACGGCCACGAGACUGACUCGCCGGACCUGAAGGGAGCCUCCCCGUUCCUGCUCCACGGCCAGAAGGUGGCCACGCCGACGCUCAAGUUCCACAACCACUUUCCGCCCGACAUGCAGACCGAUAAGAAGGACCACAUACUGGACCAGAACAUGCUGAGCAGCACACCCCUGACCGACUUUGGUCCGCCGAUGAAGCGCGGCAGGAUGACCCCGCCCACUUCGGAGCGCGUGAUGUUGUACGUGCGGCAGGAGAACGAGGAGGUCUACACGCCCCUUCACGUAGUGCCGCCCACCACGAUCGGCCUGCUGAAUGCGAUUGAAAACAAAUACAAAAUCUCAACAACGAGCAUAAAUAACAUUUAUCGCACAAACAAGAAGGGGAUUACUGCGAAAAUUGACGAUGACAUGAUAUCGUUCUACUGCAACGAGGACAUCUUCCUGCUGGAGGUGCAACAGAUCGAGGACGACCUGUACGAUGUGACGCUAACGGAGCUGCCGAACCAGUAGCACUGGCAACACGGGUAGCUCCCCAUUCCCACACUCAAAAUACACAAAACACGGACACAACAAGUUGUUUCAAUAAGCCAUUUUCAAUAGAGCCUAAGUCUAAUAUCGUAGUUGUAAUUGUAAUGGGACCCCAAAAUCAAGUCGGGCGAUUCGAACACACACAAACCCGAGUUGAGUUGCUGCGGAAGUAAAUGCUAACCACAAUACUUAUGUAAAAUGAUAUGUACUUUAAAUUCGGAUUAGUUACUUAGCAACAAUGAGAUUAUCGAAAAUUGCUUGAUCAAAUUUUACAUUCUCGCUAUGUCUAUAGGCCCUAAUCGUAAGCCCUAAUCCUAAUCCUUAACGUAAUCGUAAUCGUAACCGUAAUCGUACCGUGUAUUUAUGCCCAUAUAUCGCUUCGUGAACGAGUAUAUAUGUGCGGAGUGCAACAGUGUCUGUCCAGUAGGAAUAAGUCUCGUCUCCGCUCCCCUGCUAAUGCUAAGACCUUAGGUCCAGGGCUAGUAAGAGUUACAGAAUCUAUCUUUUAGGUGUAUCUAACGGAAGCAUUAGCUCUACACGACAUCUAGACGUAGCCUAUCUAUUGUAAUCAUUUUGUAUGUUCGGCUUAAGCGUUUUACUUGUUGAAUAUAAAUUCUAAAAUUAUUUUUGAAAAACCCACACAAAACACAAAUCGUUUGUUCUAUAUUUCUGUUUCAAAACUAACUCGUUACCCUUCCCCAAACACACACACACACACACCCACACAACCCUAUCUGUUAUGUAUAAUUAGGAUCUCUGUACACAAAAAAAUGAAAGGAAAACCUUGACGAACGAGAAAAUUGGUAGAAACCCUCUCGAAGUAAUUAAUCCUUACAUCUAGAUAUACACCUAGAGAUAAGAACACUCUGCAAUAAAACAUGUUGAUAAAAAUCUUAAUUAAGUCCAAGCUAAGGCAAAAACAAAAUCGAAAAAAAAAGACAACUUUAAAAACAUUUGUGUGCAUUUGUUGAAAAACAAAAAAAUAUCUAAAGAACAAUAAUCAGCCGAGAAAGUUGAUUCAAAACUAAACAAUUAUUAAAUCAAGAAUCGAUAAUCAACUGUAGCACCAGAAAAGAUCGCAACAUUCGUAUGAAUAUAGACACAGAUAUAUAUGAUAUAGGGAUAACCAUCGCAUAGCUCGAAUGCGUUUACAAUCUUUGUUUGCCAUAAUUAACAGUUUAAUUUAAUUAACGAAAUGUUUUGUGUACAAUGUUAUUUGAAUUCAAGCAGAAGCUUCUCCGCGAGUUUUGCUUGAAACUACGAAUACUCCGCAUCGAUUGCUACAAUUUUGAACAGUACGAGUUCAAUGCUCAAUAUUAUUAUUAAUUGUUUAUUAAUUGUAAUCCCCCUUAACUUCUACCCCCUCGCCCCUUAAUAAUGCUCUUCUUGUCCUUCGCCUUUUGUCCCUUAACGCUUUUGCGAGGGGGAAAACCAUUUUCCAUUUGACAUUUCCGGUGUUGUACAUCACAAUUUGUUUUUAAUUUUAGCCCUAGUUCUAAAUGUACUAUUCAGAUUACACAAUAUUAUGAUAUGAAUUGAGAAGAGAUAAGAUAUCAGAGGAUAUGGAAUGAUGAUGAUGAAUCGAAAAUCUUGCCGGCAUGUUAUAAUUCUUUACGUUUAGUUAUCGUAACCCUUAAGUUCUACGCUCUUUCUAUAUAUUGUAUACACAAAACAUACACAUAUAUUUUAAAAGCCAA